AUGAGGAACACUGACGCACCAUCUACGUCUGAUGCUGGUUCUCCACUUACAUCAGUUAAAAAGAACCCAUGCGGGAAGUUUAUUGGAAGGCGACAAAAAGAGAUUAUAAUAAGCUUAUAUAAAUACAAAAUUUCCGAACAACCAUCUAUUAAUGUUAAGGCAAUGGUGAAAUUGCUGUCGAAAGAAACGGGUAUUGGCCAGAAAACGAUCCAAACGACAAUAUCUGACUACAAGAACGCAAAACCAAUACAAUCACCGAACAGAAAGAAGGUCAGACUGACGUUUAAAGACAAAAUCGAUGAUUUUGAACGAAAUUCUAUACGUAGAAAGGUACACGAUUUUUGGUUUAGCCGUCAGGUACCCACCUUGGACAAAAUUUUAAUAUCCGUGAAUAGUGACCCAACAUUAAACACAUACAAGAGAACUAACCUAUAUAAUUUAUUACGUGAGCUAAAUUUUACACAUUGUAAAAGAAGCCUUAAUAGCGCUCUCGUUGAACGGGACGACAUUGUAUUGUGGCGAACUAAUUAUAUACAAGAUAUCCGAAAAUAUCGCCAAGAAGGAAGGACAAUAUAUUAUUUAGAUGAAACGUCGAUAAAUAUUGGUGAUAGUAUGAAAAAAAUGUCGGUUGACAACCCAACAGGCAAAGCAAAACGACUCAUUAUAGUCCAUAUUGGGUCAGAAGAAGGAUUCGUCAAUGGUGGUCUACUGGUAUUUGAAUCGAAAAAAGGAUCAGCUGACUAUCAUAACGAAAUAAACGGGGAUUCAUUUUUUGAUUGGAUUAAAGGUGUCAUUCCAUUGUUAAAAGACAACAGUAUCAUAGUGAUGGAUAAUGCACCUUAUCAUUCAGUAAAAGUCGAACGUUGUCCAACAAUGAGUUGGAAUAAAGAAGAAAUUGAAAGUUGGCUGGAACAAAAAGGCGAGGAACAAAAGCCACUUAACAAAGUUGCUCUAAUGGACAUUGUUAAUCAGAUUAAACCGCAGUUUGACAAAUACGUCAUAGACGAGUAUAUAAAAUCCAAAAAUAUGGCCGUAUUACGUUUACCGCCUCAUCACAGCGAACUAAAUCCAAUAGAGCUAGCAUGGUCGUCUGUCAAAAAUUAUAUCAAAAUGAAUAAUUCCACAUUUAAGCUACCCGAUGUCAAAAAGCUCGUCAUUGAAGCUGUCAGUGCAUGCGGCCCCGAAAAAUGGAAACACUUCGUCAGUCAUGUAAUUGACGAAGAGCAAAGAUUCUGGGACAUCGACUUUGUCGUCGAGGAAGUCAUGGAAAAUUUAAAUCCUGUCUAG